AUGAGCGACAGAAAAAGAAAGAACUUAAAAAAAGAAAAUAUUGAGGAGGGAGAUUACCAAGAGAAAUAUCCACAAGAAAACUUUGUAGAUCAAUACCAGAAAAUGAUAAAUGGUGAAAAUGAGGAACAAUAUGUACCAUAUCAUGAAAUGCCGUAUACGGAAAGGUACCAAGAGAACAUACCACCAGAAGGAUAUAGUUAUGAUGAGAAUGGAUAUCGUGAAAACAAUUACAAUAGUGGAUAUGGGCCCUAUCCAUAUCCCUACGAGUAUGAGAGAUGUCCCACGAAUGGGACUAACUACGCUGAGUACCCACCUUAUAUGGAUUAUCAGUCAAAAAGAGGGGUCACUUCAUCUCCUCAUGGAUAUAGCAUGGUUCGGGAAGAGUCUCCCGAGUCAACUCCUUCUAAGCCCUUGGAUUCUGACUCGUAUGAGGAAAAGAAAACAAAGAGAUGUGGGAGGCAGAAAAUAACAAUGAAGUAUAUUCCUGAAAAAUGUAGAAGGAGCGUAACCUUUAGUAAGAGAAAGAAGGGAAUAAUGAAGAAAGCCUUUGAGUUAAACGUUCUGACUGGAACUCAGGUUUUGUUACUCGUUGCGUCUGAGAGUGGUCAUGUCUAUACCUUUGCUACGCCAAAACUCAAGCCAAUUAUUUCGAACCACGAAAGGUUGAUCCAGCAGUGUUUAAAUGCUCCGUGUACGCCAGAAGAGGAGAAUUAUAGCUUUAAUCAAGGAGAUGAGAAUAUGAGAUUUGAAGACAAGGAGAAGUAUUGUAAAAGGGAUGGCUCCCAUGGGAGUCAAGGAUACAACAAUUAUUAUAGUGAUGAGAUAUGA